CCAUUUUGGUAAAGUUCUCGCUUCGAUAACAAAGUUGUGAGAAAGAAUCGUCUUCCAUCGACCAAUAUUUUAAAUCUUUUAAUACAAUCCUUAGUGAAUCUUAUUCUUUGUUAGUUUUUCUGUAACGUAUAACUUAUAUUAAAUUGCGAUGGCUGAUCUAGAUGAUGUAGCAGGUCUUUUAGAUAGUACAACAGAAUCAGUCAAAGAGGACGCUGAUGAUUCUGUUCUUCAUGAAAUAAGUCAUGAUUCCGUUGUUGAAGACGCCGAUGAUCCGGAGCUUGAAGCUAUCAAAGCAAGAGUAAAGGAAAUGGAAGAGGAAGCUGAAAAACUUAAGGAGAUGCAAAAACAAGUGGAACAGUCCAUUAUGAGUCCACCACCAGCAGGUGGUGCACCGAAAACCAUAGAGGAGAAAGUUGAAGUAGAUUCAAGAUCUGUGUAUGUUGGCAAUGUUGAUUACUCAGCGACUGCAGAGGAACUAGAACAACACUUCCAUGGUUGUGGAUCCGUAAACAGAGUGACGAUCUUGUGUGAUAAGUUUUCUGGUCAUCCAAAAGGGUUUGCAUAUGUAGAGUUUACAGAGAAAGAAUCAGUCGAGAAUGCAGUCACUUUGAAUGAAUCUUUGUUUAAAGGAAGACAAAUUAAGGUAUCAGCUAAAAGAACAAAUCGACCUGGCAUUAGCACAACAAACCGUGGAAGAGGCAGAGGGCGUGGUGGUAUGCGAGGUGGUUAUUACCAACCAUAUAACCCAUACAUGGGUGGUUUUCCACGUGGUAGGGGUAGAGCAAUGUUCAGGGGCCGAGGCAGGUCUAAUUGGUAUUCACCCUACUAGGACAAAGUGUACUUUUUUUGAUAGCCUUUUCUUUUUACUAAUGAUUCUGAAAGAUUUCUUUCCACAGAAUUCCUUCCCAUGGCUAAAUGCAAAACUUGGGCCAGCAGUGAAGGUCUCUCUUGUGAGUAAUCUAGAAAGAAUAGACCAGUUGAUCCAUUUAAAAAACCCCUGAUUAAUUAAYCUAAGAUGUGAUAAAAAACAUUGUAAAGAAUACAGUGAGAGUGAGAUGACAAAAAGAAUAAUCAAGAAAAAACAAGAAAAUUCAAGAAAAUAAACACACAAGAAAAAGAAAACUUGACAAAGAAAAAAAGCAAACAAGAAUAGUAAAAACAUGGAGGAAGCAUUAAAAAGAUGURGAAAAAAUGAAUGGAAACAUUGUUAAAGACAUUGAACAUCAAAAGAACAAAGACCUUCAUCUCAUUGGGUUGCUGGACAACAUUUUAUYCUAAAUUGGUUGGGUUUUCAUUGACCAUUUAUCAUAUAUUAUGAUUUAUAUCCCGAAAGUGCACUCGUAAUAUCUAUUGCUAGAGUGUUUUAUUUACCUUUGAGGCUCUAAUUUAACAAUUUGGAUGAUUAUUUGGUCCAUCCUAACAUUUGUACACCGAACAUUUAUCUGCAAUAAAUUCUUUUAUAGCCCGAA